CAUGAUCAUUAGCGCUCAGAGAUUUCCGUCACGAUACACGCUUAUGCCUUUUCAUGUCUACUCAUCACUUUAAUUCAUAAUUUUAUUUAUCUGCAAGUAUGUGGAGUCGAUUGCUAGGAAGGUCUCCCUCAAGUAGGUCAUUGCGCGACCGGGACGAAGAGAUCUCGCAAGUCGGCAAGCGUUCGACACAUUCAUCCUCGAGACAUCGCUCCGGAUCCGUUGUCUCCUCGCCCUCUGCAUAUAAACCAUCUCGCAGUGAUGAUCGCGGCCAUAGUCGAUCAGCCUCUGCCACUGUCCCACGAUCGCGAUCUAGCUAUUAUUCGCCAGAAUCUCCAUCAAUUGCCUCUUACGCAACCGCUCCGAGCAAUCGUGUUGACCGAGAGACCCGACGCGACAGGUCCUCUUCUGGCCUCUCGAAGAAUACGUCGCGAAUUGAGUCUCGCGGUGGAUCUUAUUAUGCAGUAAGAAGUGCCAAGAGCGGACGGCGCUCGGAGCGUUCUCCAAGCCGCGAGCGGAGACAGCAUCGACGUGAACGUUCAAGAAGUCCGGCUCGAAUACAGGAGUUGCAGUGGCAGAGCCGAGAUAGACUUAAAAGAGGGCUAGGAGAGGAUGACAGGGAACGCGGUAUGAGCAGCAUUGACUAUGCCGAGAGCCGCGCACCUAAUGCAGCGGGCUACGAAUACAUGACUGCGUACGAGGAACCAGCGGUGACCUCGUCGCCUGCUCAACAGAGCAUUCCAGCUCCAAGUACACAUACGUAUUCACAAUUAUCAUCGCAUAUAACCGACCAAUUUCCUGGACAAGACCCCGCUCAAUAUGCCGCGCCCUAUCGACCGCCGCUCAGUUUCGCCGAAGGUGGACCAGGUCUUGCGGCUGAUUACUAUGGUGAUCAUGGAGAAUCUGUUGCUGAGCAGCCUGGUGUGAGACCACAGCCGCCCUCACUCAUUGUUGGCGCCCAGCCUCACCUUCAGGCGGCAUCCCCGUUGAGUGCGCCGCCUAUAGAACCAUCCGCUCUGGGAGGGGUCGGUGCUGCAGCAGAUUUUUUCAAUGACGGCGCCAAUCUUCAAAGCUUGCGGCCAACGUCUUCAACGCCAGUAUCGUCAAGCAACAGGCCGACAAGGCCAUCCAAACCGACCCCUCCGAGUAUGUCUGGCAGCGCAGCAGCCGCUCUGACAGGGAGCGCCGGAUAUGCCGCAUCCAACCUUGCGCAUUCUGCUAGCCAUCACGCUGGGAGCAGUUCAUUCAACGACGAAGUUUCCUAUUCUCAAGGGCCAGCGCCGCCAAAUAUGUAUUCCACAGUCUCCUCUGCCCCACCUGGUGCCAGUCCUACUGUCCAUCAUUCGUCAUCCGCACCCGCGAUCCCCACCCUAGGCGCCGCGGCGGCUGGAGCGGCCACAGGGUACUAUCUGGGCCAUCAUUCAUCACACAGUCACGGUAACUCUCAGUCUGGGAUGAACGCCGCCGGCUAUACCUCGACCUCGCAGCCAUCGCAAUCACAACCUGUCUAUUCCGUCCCGGACGCUCAACGUCCUUCAAAACCUCCGCGGCCGGGACAGCUUUCAUACGCGGCUACUACGCCGAUUUAUGGCAGUACCGCUCUUGGAAUGGCAGGGUCUGCCGGUUCUGGAAAUGUCGCAUUGAACGGCUAUAGCCAUGGCGCAAUGGCAUUGCAGACUCGGCGAAAGGGGCCGUUGGAAAAGUUUGUAGAGUUCUGGAAGGACAGGGAGGGAGUUGCGCAGUAUGAGGAAUAUACCGAAUACAUCGGUGUAUGCAAAGAUUGUUUUGAGCCUGGAACAACUGCCAGAGAUGCUCCACGCAAGCAUCACUACCGCAGACGGAAAUCCAAUGAUCGGCCUGGGAGCCGCGGAAAGGUGGACAAAGAGAGGCGUUACGGAUUAUCCGAUAGCGAACAAUCACGGAGGGGGAAAAAAUCUUCUCUGGCCGCUGGACUUGCUGGUUAUGGGCUCGGCCAAGCGAGUCAGACUUUUGCAAAGCAAAAGCGGGGUUUUGAGGAUACUUAUAGUGUGAGAUCAGGAAAGAGAACAGAGUCUGCAGCAUUUCCCUCCAGUGACAGCCGCUAUGGGUCUCAGCCAAGGCGGGAUUCAUCCCAAUCCUAUGGUUUUUAUGCCCCUAUCGGUAGUAACUCCCCUCAGAGACAUCGCUCACGGAGCAGGUCCCCAGAUCGGAGAAAUAGAGUUUUGCAGUCCGGCGUUGCUGCAGACUUUCCUCCCUCGGUUCCCGGAGCCUUCGACAGCAAUGAUUCCUCUUAUCCCACAUCGCGCCGAGAGUACGUGCGAUCAAACCGCCAAAGCCCUUCCCGUAUGUCUGGUCUUGCGUCUUUGUUUGGCCUUGCAAGCUCCAAAGCCUCUCGAAACAGGCGUCAUCGAUCUCCCACGCCGGAUUCAAAGUAUCUUAAGAAGUCCCAAGCUGCAGGAAUCGUUGAAGGAUCGGUCACUAAACCCUUCUCGCGCCCAGGGCGCUCCAGAAAAUCAAAAAGUUUCUUCAAUUUUGGAAAUUCAUCAUCAUCGUCCUCGGCGUCUUCUUCCUCAGCAGACAUGGGUCUGGCAUAUGGUGGCGGACUUUCAAAAAGUUCGAGACAAGGCCCACGUCAUGCUAACAAAGCGUUUAAUGAUGAUGCUGCAAUGAUUGGGCUCGGCGUAGCUGCAGCUUCAGUGCUCUCUAAGCGAGGAAAGAAGAACAAAGCAGAUACUCGCGGUGACGUUCCUCGGAAAGGCAGUCAAUUGUCUUCGUCGGAUGACGCAUGGGAAUCCGUGUCCGAGGCGGAAUCCUCCAGCGUCAGCUCGGCUCUUGCAUUCGGUGGGGCCUCGGAUUCCGGUAGUAACGGGCCUCGUCGCCAUCGGAAGUCUUCUGAUUCAGAGCGGUCUGGAAUUUCAAAUUGGAAGUGGAUGUUUGGUGGUAAAAGACGGACGCCUUCUUCUGCAUCUGUUGACCGUCCUGCCCAACGUCCUCCAAAAGCGGGUCCGAUCGAACUUCGGGACAGUGCAAAUUCGCCAACGGCUCCACCUCUCAAUUAUCGUCAGGGUGCUGUACCCAGUUAUAAUGCAAGAGUGCCAGAUAUGCAAUAUGUGGUACCUGUUCCAACUUCGGAUCCAUCGAGAUUCGAUGUUAGGCGGAGCGACUCAGUUAUCUCUUCUCAAACAGUGAACCGAAGCGCGCGCCCCGAGCCUGUACCAAUCCAGCAUACUCAGCCAAUUGUAGCUGUCGCACCAGAAAAGCUGUCCAAUUUCGUUGAAUCCACUUUGCAGGGCUCUACAUAUGAAGCACCAGAGUCUGCAACGACUGCGCCAACUAUUCACAGGAAACCAUACGUCGAAUAUCGAGCGACCGGCACAGAAAAUCGAGAGCGAAGAACGCCGGUUGACCCAUUUCAAUACCUGGUACAAGACUCUGUUCCUGUUGAAAACGAUCAGGAAGUCAAAGUUCCAACAACUCGACGUAGACGAGCUUCGUCGCCUACGUUUGGAUCCACAGACAGAGAUCUGGCCUCCGGACAACGGGCAGGAGUCGCUUCUUAUAGCGACUUUCAGCCAAGAAGGGUAAAACCGGAAAGCAGAAAGCCUUCUCUGCAACGCUUCCAAAAUAAUGAGAAAUCGCAGGGACGGAGGCAGAGCAGUGCAACGACAAGGACAAAUGAGGUAUUUGCAGCCCCUUUGGAUGAUGGAAACCCUCAGAUUGUGGAGAUUCGUCCCGGCAGGCAGAAUGAACCACGGCACUCGAGCUCUGAUACUCCUGUUUCAGUGAAUGCAGCUCCUUCAAACCCUGGCCCAUUCGUUUCAUCAAAAGAAAACGAGUCCUCAUCCGACUCCAGGAGCCAUGGGCAACCGCAGGUGGAACUUGAACAAUUCAGACCCGAAGCAUCCCCUGAAGGCGAAUCGCCUAGGAGCGAAUACGCUCGUUCAAGCCGUCAUCCAGGGGAUUACGUUCCGGAUUAUCACCCACUCUCGGAUCGCGAAGCGCAAGCUUACGUAGAUUCAGUCAUGGAUAAGUACAAUGAGGAGCCACAACCAGUGGCAGCAUAUUUCGCACCGCCGGAGCUGCUGUCUAGGAAGUCAGACUCUCCUCAAUCCCCUGAUCCAAACGGCGACUCCAAUGUUACUUCAUCUCGGGUGCCGCAGAUUGUAACCAUAGCUCCCCCUGUCGAUCAUGAAAAUGACAACGAUGCGUUACAACAUGCCCAAUUUGCUGGAAGCUAUCCCUACGGCGCUUUGCCUUGGAUUGUCCCUAGGUUGAAUUUGAUCGAACCUUCUCCUCCUCCGAGCACCAUCGGUUCAACGAGGGAUGACAGAUCAGCGCCUAUCUCUCCAGUAGAGACGAAACCAAACAGUUCAACUGGUCCUGAGAAGUCAUCGGAAUCCAGGGUCAGCUGGGGAGAUCUACAGACGAAAGAAUACAUUGUAGAAUCCUCGGAGGAGGAACCGCAGAAGGAUGAUGGCGAUUACCAUGGACAUUCAUCUAACCAGUCUACGGACGAGAGCCCUGAAAUUCAUGCACACGAGUAUGAAAGCCAUCCAGUACCAGAAUCGUCUUCUUCUGGCGACCUUCCUCAACACGUCCCCGGAGCUUUCGGCGAAGAUGUUGAAUUUGCUGCAACUGUUGCUGCUGGACUAGAAGAUAGCGGGUUCGAUCCUGCUAUCGUCAUUGAUGACAAUAAUUUUAGACACCGCAAAUCCCCCCCAGCAUCGCAUGACUUUCGGUUCUACCAUGCUCCUUACGCGGAGACUGUGACAGACCUUGGCCUUGACUCUCCAGGUACUGAAGGAGCUCCGCCAAGAGUCGGUUAUGUUGAGGGAGAGGUGGAAACACCUGGCACCGUCACCCCUGUAGAAACCAAGAUGCAUCCCAAAGAAAUUUCGCGAUCCCCCUCUCCAACCGAGGAAGAAAGAGCCGGCUCAUCUGCGCGGCAGCUUGGAGCUGAGAGGGAGGGGGAUGAAUUUGAUCGUGACUCGGAUCGUGAUUCUUCGGAUCCUGAGCGUAAAGUUCGCGAAAUAAGGCCGGACGUGUCCACUUCAUCGGACAAAGGCGCUUUCGAACCCGGUAUCGAGUCUCAAAUCUUUGAGAACGAGAAAGCUCAAAGACAUCGAAAUAGAAACGCUCAAGAAUUCGAGGCACAAAUUAGUGAUUCCCCUGUUUACGAAACUCGUUCAGAAGUUGGAAAGCCGCCAUCAAAUUCGAAAGGCUCGACAAGCCUAAGACGCCGUAGCUGGGGCCCUGAAACUCAAACAGCUAAAUCGCAGCGCUCAAGAUCACAAGAUUCGAGCCCUAGAGAGUUGGGACGCUCGAACGAAAGGUUCGAUGAUACCCCAGGCUUUGACAUGCAAAUAGGGACUCGGAGAUCUAGUAGCUCUGACAUUGGUGUCAACCCUCGGAGCAGCGGUUCGCAAUCUAUCGUCUCCAUUCCUAGCAAUGCAUUUGACGAUGUGGAAGAAUUGGCGGACGUGAAGCGGCCCAGGAAGACCAAGAGAGCUAGUAGCCGUUUCGGGCAUAGAGUUCCUGGCUCUCCGCUAAGAUCGGAACUUGCAUUUCGAGAUGAUUCGUCUGGCAGCGAGCAAGACGCCGGGGAGCCUAAUGACCUGGUGCGAGACGCUGUUGUUGAUGAUACCGAGUUUACAGCGCAAGUGCCGUUGCCUCACGAACUCGACGAGGACGCUGAAGAGCUCUCAGGCUCCACUGUAAGAGAGCCCGAGGCGGACGUUGCUAGUGCAGUAUUUAAGAGACGAGGAUCUUUUUCGUCGUGGGGAGAAGCGCAAGACCAACCUUUCGAGGCUCCGGAAGAGGACAAGUUUUAUGGGUGGAGUGAUGAGGAGCUUUCGAAACCACGGAAGCGGAGUUCCCAUCGUAGCCGCUCUCGUGGCAAGAUGGAGGAUGAAUCAAGACUGGACGGAAGUAGAUCUUCCAGAGCUAGUGAGAGGCCGGAUUCCUCAGCAUCCGUACAUCGCUCCAGGUCGCGUGGCUCAAAUCUUGAAGAGAGCAGCGAACGGACACAUAGAAAGAGACGCUCACGACGAUCAAGCGACGUCUUCGGCUCACCGAAACCACUUACUCGGUCAAUGUCAAUGUCUGAAACGGAACACAGGGGUCAUGAUGACUCUCACGGGUCCAAGCGAAAAUCGAAGCGCUCAAGUUUAGAUUACAAUGAUCUCGCUUCUGUCACAUCGUUACCGGCAAGACUAGAUGAUGACAAGGGCAGUAAACGGGAGAAGAGGGGGGGGCUUUUCUCUUUCCUCACUGGAAGGCGCUCAGUGGACUCGCUGCCCGCUCUCGAACGAUCACGAGAAAUCCGUAGCGAGGAGUUGAAGCCAAAGAGCAAGCGGGGAUCAAAAGAAGAAGAAAUUGGCCGUGAUCCCUACGAUAUUGGUGAUGAUGCCGCCCGCUCCGCGACCAGUCUUCCCGAGUUGAGCCAGAAGCCCUCCCUUGAAGAGGAAAGCCGGGAGUCAAGCAGUGCCAGUGGGAAAAAGAAGAAGAAGAAAAAGCACCGCCAUAGUAGCGACAUAGGUACAGGAACAAAAUCCUCUAGGCGCUGAAUUGCCGCUAGGAGGGAUGAAUAAAGGAAAAUUUUCAGACAUUGAUGUCAACGAACUUCC